UCAUAAUUCGUCUUCGUUUCGUUUUCUUGACAUUUAUUGUGCAUAUUUUAGCGAAUUUUAGGAUCAAAAUGUCCAGAAAUGGAGAGACUUGUGUUUUAAAUCGACACCGUAGUCCAUCUCCAAGACAUGGCCACCAUAACAAUCGCCCUGCCCGCUACAGAUCUCGCUCAAAAUCGAGGAGUCGUAGUCGGAGUAGAGAAAGAAGCCGGAGCAGAGAGCGCUAUCAUUCCAACAUGCAUCACAGAAGGAAAAGAAAACCAACACCAGAGAGCUUCAUGGACAGACGGCGAAAGGAGCGUGAAGAGAUCAGUGCUACUGGGGCCAUAGAAGUUUGGGGUUUGUCCCCAAGAGAACCUCCGCCAGAUUCUGAUGAUGAGCUGACCAAGACAGCUUUAGCCUCAGACAGGAUAAAAAAAAGUGAAAGUGAUAGUGAAGAGGACAGCAGUGAGGAAGAGAAAAAGAAAAAGAAACACAAGAAAUCUAGUAAGAAGAAGACUAGGAAAAGUCGUCAUAGAAAGAAAAGUAAAAAACAUCGCAAGAAAAAGGCACGGCAAAAGUCAAGCUCUGAGAGUGAUGAGGAAUCAGAAGAAGAAGAUGCUGAUGUAGAAUGGCAAGAGUCAUGGAUUGAAAAGCAAAAAGGCGAGCACUGGCUAUGUUUAACUAUGAAGAAAGAUCCAAGAGAGAGAACAAAAUCUUGUCAGACUUCAGAGAGAUGAUUCAUCAGAAGAUCAACAACAAGAAGUAGUUACUUCAGUCAUCUUAGCUUCCUCCAGUUUCCACUGCUCUUUUCAAUAUUGCUUGACAAGGAACAGGCAUACCAAAGUAUUGGACUUACAAGUGGCAGAGAAGAGUACAAGAGAGAAUACUACCCACAGACAGCCAAAGCGAUGCUUUUCCAUCAUUCAGAAUCAAAACGUUUUUCUGUUAUGGCCCCAGUUGUUGGAAGGGAGGAAUAAAUUGCUAUCUGGUGGAUAAAUGUAACCCAGCACCUUUUCUUUUAAAUUAUCAACACCUACAUAUACUUUAUCCACUGGAUAGCAAUUUAUCACUUGGUUAGUAUUAUCCACCCUAAAACUGGACCACGGUGUUUUCACAAUGGAGGCCUAGGUAUUUAAGUACACCCCAGAAUUCUAAAUUACAGGUUUCAAGGAAUCACUAGGUCAUGAGGAAUAAAUGCUAACUAAAUUGUCUUGAAGUGAAAACAGUAAUUAGGCUACAGUUUGUUUUACUGACUCAAGUGAGCUAUCAAAGAACUCAUUCAGGUGCAACCUAAAGGAUUUUUCUUUCUCACUGAAUUAUAACAUCAUUCACAAUAGCUUCACUUGUGUACAGAGAAAAGUUUUCACCAUUAAAAGUUUCAUAAGUUUAAGUGGAAUUAAAUCAAGUGCAAGUCUUUCAAUUUUAAUGUAACUGAUAACAAGCUAACAGACUAGGUAUAGCUUACACGAAAGCUUACAGUAUAGGUAUGUUCCUAGAUUGAUAAGUUUUCAUAGGGUGGAGAAUGAUCACCUGACAUUGUACAAAUUCUACAACUGUAUCAUAGAAUACUUUUAAAUAAUUAUAUGCUGUGUGUUUACCCAAUGCUUUCAAUAAGAUUUAAAAUAGGUGGCUACCUCGGUACAACA